AUGCCACCAAAGGACCAAAAGAAAGGUGCCGCCGCCAAAGGCAAGGCUGGCAAACAAGCCUCCGCUGCUGCUAAGUCUGCAUUGAAGGGUGUCCACUCCCACAAGGUUCGAAAGGUUCGCAAGUCGACCACCUUCCACAGACCAAAAACCCUUCAACUCUCCCGAUCUCCAAAAUACCCACGCAAGUCGGUUCCACACCAACCCCGUCUCGAUGAGCACAAGGUUAUCAUCCACCCUCUUAACACCGAGAGUGCCAUGAAGAAGAUUGAGGAGAACAACACUCUCGUCUUCAUUGUCGAUAUCAAGGCCAACAAGAGACAAAUCAAGGAGGCUUUGAAGAAGCUUUAUGACAUUGAUACCAUCAAGAUCAACACCCUCAUCAGACCUGAUGGAUCAAAGAAGGCCUUUGCCCGCCUUACCCCAGAUGUUGACGCUCUUGACAUCGCUGCCACCAAGCUCGCAAUUGUCUAA